AUGGCUACAUCGCAGAUUCCAGAGGACUUCCUCCGAGGAUCCUCUCAGGAUGCCACAAUUCAUCGCAUCGACUUCACCAAAACAACACCUGCCAUAUUAGCGUUCAAAAACAAUUUCGCUGCGGUGAUAGACAAUUUCAUGACCGAGGAGGAAUGCAAAGAGCUCCUUCAGAUUGCAGAAAAAUCCGCACCCCUUGACGAUGUCAAGUCCCAAACAAACAGCCCAGUCUGGAAGCGUGCGAUGAUCAAUGCAGGCGGGGGCAAAGAAGUCAUGUCUGUGGACAGUCGUAAAAGCGGACGAAUUAUUUUCGACUCUCCAGAUAUCGCACAACGAAUUAUGGAUCGUUUACAGCCUUUUAUGCGCGGCUUUGAUCUUGAAAUAAUACACAACCAACCUAUGAUUACCGGGCUUGGUCCCGCAAAACGUGGGGAAACGUAUCAUCUAUCCAAGUUAAAUGAGCGACUUCGUUUCCUCCGUUAUGAAGGGGGAGAUUAUUUCCGGCCACAUUGGGAUGGAUGCUAUGUUACUCCCGAUGGUAAGGAACGGUCGCUAUUGACUAUUCAUCUGUACUUGAAUGGGGAUGGUGAGCAGGAUUUGGAUGAACUGUUGCCGGAGAUUGUGCGUGCCGAGAAGAGAAAUACCCUGUUUGUGCAGGACGGAGAGGUGGACCUGAAGGAUGUUCUUGGAGAUGAGCGGUCUGAUUCUCCUAGAGGUUAUGAGUCUACGGCCGCAGAAUCACUGAAAGGCCAGGAGAAGUUGCUUGGCGGGGCUACCUCAUUCACCGACGAUUAUCGAAUGCGAGAUGUUGUCCGCGUAUUUCCCAAGACAGGUUCUUUGUUGAUUUUCCAGCAGCGGAACUUGAUGCAUUGUGGCGAUGAUGUUUUCCGGGGUGUGAAAUAUACUGUUCGAUCAGAUGUGAUGUAUACAAGCAACUCGGGCGAAUGA